UCUUCCCCUACCAUCCGGCCACUAAUACUGUCAACACUUACGACUGAACUAGCCACUCUUAGGCCGGAUUUUAAACCCAAACAAGGUUUCUGCUGCUGGCGCUUCGGAUGUCCAAGUACAAACUCUUUCUACUGAGGCAUGGGGAGGGGGCCUGGAACAAAGAGAACCGUUUCUGUAGCUGGGUUGACCAGAAGCUAAGCAAGGAUGGGGUGAAGGAGGCCCAGGACUGUGGUAGGCUCCUGAAGGAGCAGGGCUACAAGUUCGAUUUAGUAUUCACCUCCAUACUCAGCCGCUCCAUCCAGACAGCAUGGCUGGUGCUGGAGGCUAUGGGUCAGGAGUGGGUCCCCGUGGUCAAGUCCUGGAGACUGAACGAGCGCCACUAUGGUUCCCUGAUUGGCCUUAACCGGGCGGAGAUGGCGCUACAACAUGGAGAGGAAAAGGUGAAGUUGUGGAGAAGGAGCUAUGAUAUCACUCCACCUCCGAUUGAUGAAUCCCACCCAUACUUCCUGGAAAUCUACAAUGACCGCAGAUACACCACUUGUGACGUGCCAAAGGAGAACCUUCCCCGAGCAGAAAGCUUAAAGGAGGUGUUGGACAGACUGCUGCCAUACUGGGGCAGCACUGUGGUGCCAGAGAUAAGGAAAGGCAGGACUGUGCUGAUUAGUGCUCAUGGAAACAGCUGCAGGGCUCUGCUGAAAUACCUGGAAGGUAUAUCAGAUAAGGAUAUUGCCAGUGUGACUUUACCCACAGGGAUACCUGUGCUGCUUGAGCUGGAUGAAAACCUCAAGCCUGUGAAACCUCGACAGCUCUUGGGAGACCAGGCGAAGAUUCAGGCAGCAAUUAGAAAGGUGGAGGACCAGGGAAAAGCCAAACCAUCAACUUGAAUCCACUAAAAUGGCUGUAAGCCUUAACAUAACUCUGUUCUGGUUGCCUGUGUAUACUUUUAUUAGGUACAUGUACAGUGAAAACUCUUGAGAAGACUUGAAAAGAAUAAUAUAUAACAUCAGACAAUAAUAAUAACAAAUUGUUGUUAAUAAGAUUUAAAGGAUGGGUUUGAAGUUGCUGUAUGUGUAAUAGUGGCCUGACCUGGAUACAGAAAGAGUGUCACAGGUCAGACUGGUCUGAGCAGGAGGAAGUACUGUACUGUAAAUAUUUUGGCGCUAUGUGGUUGUAUUAUGUGUAAGCACUGAUUUUUAAGCUAACUGUCCCUACUUAUGCCUGUAUGGUGACCCUUAAGUGGUUAUUUAUUCACUAAUUGACUCUACCUUGCAGAUUAAUAGUAAUGUGGUGAAGCUGACAAAUCUUGAAGUACAUUAUAUCUAAACAGAAGGAAAAAAAUCACUCUAAUCUAAAAGAUGCUUUUCUGUUACAUUGAUAAGCUUUAGGAAUAUGACCUUGCAUCUAAACAUGUGCCUUCAUUAUUAACGUAGUGCUCAAAUUCAGCUACAGGUCUUGUGUUGAUUUUAUUUAAGAAUAAAAGCACUCCGUUAACAAAUCUUACCUCAUAAAAAGUGAUAGCUAUAGGCUGUUCAUUCCAAGAAUGGGAUAAUUGUGAGCCACAGAAAUGCUGUAAAUAUGUAAAACCACUGAAAUCCUCUACUGUCCCACGCAUUUGAGUUACUCAUACUUAUUGCCUACUCAGUAAGAGUAAGCAAGACAGCUGAAGUUUUUUUAUGAGGUUAAAUAGCACAUUUACUCUGACAAAUAGUUUGAGUUGAAAACACUGUGGCUAUUUGGUAUUAUAACUGGUUUAUGCUUUGCACUUUUGGGGGAUUUUAUGAGGAUUCUUUUUAAUUAACCCCCUUCCUAAUUAAAUGUAACAACUGUGAGUGGUAAAUACUAUUUUGGGUAAAUAUGAAAAAGUUAAAACAAGCACUAUUGUUUUUCAUUUUAAAUUCUAAAUUAUCAUGCGUGCAAUUUCAUGUUUUUGUUUUUGUUUCAUGCUUAUGUAAUGUUAAUAACGUGUGUAAAAAUGUUACAAACCACUCUUGAGUCUGCACAUUAUGUCUUAUACCAGCACUAUCUUACUUCAUAUGUGUUACUACUGUGUGUGGCACAGGCUACUUCAUUGUACUGUAUGUUGUAUUGUGUCUCUUGUUUGUAGGUGUACCGUACUGUACUGUGCAUCAUUUUUGUCUUAUAUUUCUCUGCCACUAUUAUUUUGUACGCUGGUCUGUUAGGUCAACAGGGGGAAAGAGAUAAGAACAUGCAUUUGUAGAUGCUAAAGAGGAGAAAACAAUGAUAUAUUUGUAAUUUUAUGUAAGUGAUUUAACGUCUUCCCUGCUGUUCACACCUUUACAUAAUGAGAGUCUGCAUGAUGAAAUAAAAGGGAAUUACAAUUUUCCUAAAAUGUUCUUUUC